GAUCGAGUUUUCUUGAUUUCCGGUGAAGUGUAAAUUCUUGAGAUUCUGGAGCUAGCGUACGGUGGUGGGGUUUAUCGCUUUGAAAGAUUGAAUCUGGGAUGUGUGAUGACGGGGAUUUUGAAACCCGAUUUAGGGAUUUCGGUUUGGAAUUUGAGUUUUCUUGAGGAUCUGGUGAAUUCUGCUGGUUGAAUUUCAUUUUGUUUGUUUAGUUUAUUGCUAUUCUUUCCGCUGUGGUUUUGAAUGGAGAAAAGCGAGAGAGGAGAUUUGUCUCCGGUUAAGGUUCAAUUGGAGGAGCCUUUGACGGCGGCUGCGGAAAAGCUGCCGGCGGAAGUGGAUUCCCAGGGGAAGAAGCUCGCGAGGCAGCUGGAUUUCGCGCCUUCUGGCGGAGGGGAUGGCGGGGGAAGUAGGAAUGGGUCGGAGGCAGUUUUCCCAGAGCAGCCUCAGCAGGUUGUGCCUCCUGCGCUGCCGCCUCUUCUGUCACAACUGCCGUCGCAUUUACAGUCACUGCAACAUUUGUUAUCAGUGCAGCCGAUGCAGAAGCAACCUUUCACUCCAUUUGCUCUGAAACCAGAACCCACACGAGUUAGGCCUAGGCAAAGUACUAACAACACAAAAGAUGGCACUCCAAAGAAGCAAAAGCAAUGUAACUGCAAACACUCUCGAUGUUUGAAAUUGUAUUGUGAAUGCUUUGCAUCUGGUAUAUAUUGUGAUGGGUGUAACUGUGAAAACUGUCACAACAAUGUUGGAAAUGAAGCUGCAAGACGACAAGCAGUUGGAGCUACUUUGGAUCGUAAUUUAAAGGCAUUCAGGCCUAAAAUUGCAGGCAGCCCUAACGCUGUUCGGGACAUUAAGGAGGAAGCUGGGGAUGGUUUAGUCUUGGUAAAGCAUAAUAAAGGAUGCCGCUGCAAGAAAUCUGGGUGCCUUAAAAAGUAUUGUGAAUGCUUCCAAGCCAAUAUUCUUUGUUCAGAAAACUGUAAAUGUAUGCACUGCAAAAAUCUGGAAGGAAGUGAAGAGAGGAAGGCACUCUUCCGCGGAGAUAAUCCCAACACCUUGGCAUAUCUUCAGCAGGCCGCAAAUGCUGUAAUUACUGGUGCCAUUGGAACCUCUGGUUUUGGAUCUCUUCCUGUGACUAAGAGAAGAAAAGUCCAGGACAUAUUUAAUGGACAAACAGUGAAAAUUCCUGUUGAUGCAUUAGGGCAGUUCCCCCAGAGCAACCAAAUUCAAGCUUCUGUUCAACGGGCUCCGAUGCCUUCAAUUCCCGGUGCCCAAAUUAGUAGUAAUGCAGCAGCACUAGGCCCUUCAAAAUUUACUUACAGGUCCCUGUUGGCAGACAUUAUCCAACCACAGGAUGUGAAGGAAGUUUGUUCAUUCUUGGUCUCCUGUUCAAGAGAAACUGCUAAGAUGUUUGCAGAUGAAAAGGAUGCAAGAGGGAAGCAAGCAGAAGAGCAUAGAGAAGCACUGGCUUCCUCAGCUCAAGAUACGAUAGAGAAUUCUCAAGGUUCUCCAGUAAAGGCUUUACCUGAUUGUUGUCCUACCGAGAACCAUGUCGAAAAGAGAAGUGAAGAUGAUGUCUCAGAAGGAAGGCCAAUGUCUCCAGGAACACUGGCACUAAUGUGUGAUGAACAAGAAACGGUACCGUCCCUGCUGCAUCAUGGACAAAACAUGACGGAAGCCUAUGCACAGCAGGAAAACAUUGUUUUGACAAAAUUCCGCGAUUGCCUUAACAGGCUCAUUACAUUGGGGAAAAUAAAAGAAUCACGUUGCUCUUCAAUGGCACGAAACCAAAAGGAGCUCUACAGUAAUGGUAAGCCUGCUGUUCCAUCUCCCUCAAGAACAUCUCAAGAUGUCGCUGCUUCUGCAACUGCUAGUCCCGUUUUAGUAGUGCAAGACCAAAAGGUCAAUCUCCCGGAGAAAACAGACGAGUAGAUAGAUGCAUAGUUGAUUUUUUCUUCUUCUUCUUCUUCUCUUUGCAUAGUUGCAACUUAAAAAUUGUAGAGACUAAUAAACAAUGCAAAGCAUUUCUUUGGUCAUUUUUGUCCUCCUUUUCAGCGGUAGGGAACUAACCACACCAGUAACAACUUCAACAGAAAGAGGAUCUAUACAUUCUCCAUUAACCGUUAUCGAUUUCAACAAAAGUUUUACAUCUAG